GCAUCAACAUCCUCGUCCUCAUUUGGCGACAUCGCCGGGCGAUUGGUUUAUUCCAAGUUCUUUGACAUCUUCACGGCCUUGGUGAUUGUGGCAAGCUUGGUCAUUCUAGUAUUUGAGGUGAAUGCAGAUGCCAGAUGUUAUCCUGAGUAUGCUCAGAGCUUUCAGGAUUGUCCUGUCAGUAGCUUGCAGAUACAAUGGCUGGAACAUGCGAACACUGCCCUCCUCCUCAUCUUUUCCAUAGAAUGCCUUGCCCGCGCCUGUGCCGAGCAAAGCCGUUUCUUUUGCAACGGUUGGAAUCUCAUCGAUGUGGCCACGGUGCUCGUGGGUUUUCUGGGUAAAAUGUGGACCUCGACGCUGAACGUGAACUUUCUCAGGGCUUUCCGUCUUCUGUGCAUUUGCCGGAGCUCACGCAUGGUGACCUCUGUUCCAGAACUCCGCGUGCUGCUGGUGGCGUUGAAGGCCUCCAUGAGGGCAUUGGUUGUUGCUGCUGUGUUUCUCCUGUUCAUUCUCUUUCUGUGGGCCAUCGUUGCAGUGGAAACCCUACACCCGUUGCUGUCCUCGUCGCACGCGUCCGACGAUGCGUUGGCCUUCGAGGAUGUGUGGAAGGCAGCGGUGACCAUUCUGCUGCAGAUGGGGGGAUGGAUCCAGGAGGAUUUCGGAGACGUUGUGCUUGAUGCGCCAUGGACGGCUGCCAUUUUCUUUGGGAUUUUGGUGAGUAUGAGCUUCGGGGUGAUGAUAACUUUGGUGCUGAUCGUGGAAUGUUACACGCGCGCCUGUGAGCAGGAUCAACAGCAGAAGUGGGAGGAUGAAAAUGCCCAGAGCGACGCACAUCUCCACCAAUUGGCCGCUGCAUGUUCGAACUUGGACACGAUGCGCCGUGGCAGUUUGCAGAUGGCCGACCUGAUAGGUGCUUAUCAGGGCGACGUGGCGGGUUUCCGCAGCUCCCUGGCCACCAUGGGCAUUGAGAGCAGGGAGCAACUGGAGACGAUCUGUGUGGUUCUGGCGGCUCCGACGGGGCAGGUCGGGAUCUCGGAGUUCCUGCGACAUCUGCGAGGUCUGCAGAAAAGUGUGGCGCGCGAUGCCUGGAUGGCCUACACGGUCCUUGAGCUGAAACGCCUGGUGAAAGCCGAGUUGACGGCGCCCCGCGGCGCUUUCCCUCGUGGCGCACCUCGGCUGGCGCAGGCUUCGCCCACGCUGCGACUGGCGCCGCUGCUGCCCGAGGAGACGUCGCCGCUGCCACAGCAGGAGGUCGUCCGGAGGAGGUGGGCCAGGCAUUGCAUACAGAGCUUUGAGAACUUGCAGAAGGGUAUGGAUCCUUUGCUGCUGCAGGCUGAACAUCUUUUGCAGGAAGUCCUUGAGGAGACUGCAUUUGAACCUCCAUUCCAAGACUGUCGCAUCGAGAUCGAAAUCGACAGUGACGCUGCAACCCCUGACAUGCCGAGUCGCUACGAUUGGCUGCUGGAUCAGCGUUCCAGCGUCUUGUGCGACUCCUUUAAUCGCAGCCUGGAGCAGCUGAGCAGCCUUGAUUGUUCUCGGUGGUGUCAGGAAUCGGCUUCUCCUCAGAAGCCAUGCUCGCACUGGGCUUAUCCUCAUGCAGGAAUCAGCUGCCGUGAGUAA